AUGAAUUCGCCGCUCGCCUUCUUCCACAACGCUCCCCACGCGGCGCUGGACAUCCCUGAAGCCCCUGAUCGCGUUAGAACAGGCGGAUUACGAGAUGUACGGUGGGAGGUCUCGUUCGGCCUCCGAGUCGUUUUCCAACGACUGGAGCGCGGCGGCAGGGCGGCCAGUUCAGUCUGA